AUGGCCAUUACAUUCUCAAGUAAUUUAUUUUUAAAAAUCGACUUCCCAAAAUACCCUCAUAUUCUAAGUCCAAAAACCACUAUUACCUUCCACUACAAUCAUCUCCGCCUUUCACCACCACCACUGUUACCACUUCCUUCCACCACCACCGACUUUCACCAUCGCCCACCACUUUCCAUUACCACCACCGCCACCGCCUUUCACCACCGCUACCACCACCGUUUGCCGCAACCGCUGCCGCCGCCUUUCACCACCGUAACCGCCACCACUACAGCCUUUCACCACCGCUACCGCCACCACCACCGCUGCCCUUCACCACCGUUUGCCGCAACCACCACCGCCUUUCACCACUGCUACCGCCUUUCACCGCCGCUACCGCCUCUCACCGCCACUACCACCACCGCCACCACUACUGCCACCGCCACCGCCACAGCUACCGCCACCACUACCACCACCGCCACCACCACCUUUAACGACCACCGCCUUCCACAACCAUCAACGCAGCUGCCAUUGCCUUCCACCACCGCCAUCACCUUCUACCACCUUCCAUCACUACCACCGCCAUCACCUUUCACCACCACCACCGCCUUUCACUACCGCCGCCGCCACUGCCACCACUACCGCCGCCGCCGCCGCCGCCGCCGCCGCCGCCUUCCGCCACCACCAUAA